AUGCAGGAGCAGCAUAUGCAGCAGAUAGAGAUUAUGAAAGGAGUUCUAGCAGAAAGAGAAGGGAAUAGUCCUCAUUUAAAAAUAUCACCAUAUCAAGAAACGGAGGAUAUCCAAGACUUCAUUGAAGCAUUCGAAGGUAUUAUGAAGAUACAAGGGGUGAAUCGGACAAAUUGGAUUCUACGUCUGACACCGUUACUAAGUGGCAAGGCUAGAACUGUUUGUACUGAUCUGGGAACUACUACUGAUUAUGAUGGAGUCAAGAAAGCUAUUUUAGAGCGUUAUAACAUCAACACAGAGAGAUGUAGAAGAAAGUUCAGGAGUCAUGUUUGGACAAGAGAUCAAGACCCAACUGAUUGGAUAGCUAGAGGAGUCAAACUGGUGAAGAGAUGGUUAGUACCAGAGAAUGGAAUGGAACAGGUAGUUAACAAGAUUGCAGUAGAGCAGCUUUUAAAUGGGUUACCACAAGAGAUGAGAAUCUGGGUAACUUCUCAGAACCCAGAGACACCAGAGAAAGUUGGAGAGCUUAUUGAAUCUUAUGAUACAGCUCAUAGUUGUUUACCACAGAGGAAUAGACCAAAGCAGGAUCAUGGUCAGUCAAAGGAGUUCCCAAGGAAGACUGAAGGAUCUACUGGAAACAAGAAGGAGAGAAAGUCACCUUCAGAGAUUACCUGUUACAAGUGUAAUCGCAAGGGGCAUAUAGCAAGAAAUUGUACGGAGAAAACUCUACGAGCCAAAGAGAAUGCAGAGGAAGUCAUUUGGCAUGGAGAAGGAAAGAUCAAUGGACACAAUGUGAAGCGAAUUCAGAUAGACAGCGGAGCAUCAAGGACUGUGGUUGAUAGGAAGUUUGUAGCAUUGAAAGACAUAGAGAAGGAGAUGAUUGGAGUUACUUUUGGGAAUGGAACUUAUGGGGAGUAUCCACUAGCAUCAGUUCGGAUAACAUUUGAUGGAGAGGAUUACCAGGUGAAAGCAGCAGUAGUACAAGGACUAGCAGAAGAUGUGCUGUUGGGAAGGGAUGUACCACUACACAAACAUAUGGCAAAGCGAUUACCAAAAUCAGAACAGAUAGAGCUACUGAAACAACUGGCUAAAGAGCAUCAGAUUGAUAUUGGAGAGAUUAAAGAGUCAGAAGAUGAAUCAGCAUUAGCAGUGAUGACAAGAGCUCAGAGAAGACAGAUUCAAGUUGAUACGGAGCAGCAUUCAGAAGAGCAUCAGCCAUUACCCGAAAGAUCAGAGGAGCAAAGUGAAGCCAUGGAGCAAGAGACAAGAGAAGAGAGUGAGCUGGAGGAGACAAUACUGGAAGAUGAAGAUCUAGGAGUACAGUUUCCAUUUGAGGAGGAGCUAUUUCAACCUACAACUCGGACGAAGAUAUAUCAGACUAGAGGAGAGAAGAGAAGACAAAAUCAGAAGAGAAACAGAAUAGAAAAUACCAACCAGACUAAACAACUGAUAAUGGACCAGGAGAAAGAUUGCGAGAUUCAGUCAUGGAUAAAGAAGGAGGAUCCAUCACGUCAUGGUCACUCAUCAGUGUUGAGUGGUAAGAAAUUCAAACAUAAGCCGCCUACAUCUUGA